AUGAAGUACAUCUUCUCGCAAGAGCAGCUGGUCAUCCCAGAGGGUGUCAGCAUCCACAUUCGCUCGAGAAUCGUCACGGUCGAGGGUCCCCGAGGAAAACUCACCAAAGAUCUCUCCCACAUCGCCGUCACCUUCACACUCGGAAAGAACAAGCAAGGGCAACAGCUCGUUCAAAUCGAAAUCCACCAUGGCCAGAGAAAGAACGUCGCCGCCCUGCGGACGGUCAAGUCGAUUAUCCAGAACUUGGUGACCGGUGUGACCAAGGGCUACAAAUACAAGAUGCGAUACGUCUAUGCUCAUUUUCCCAUCAACGUCAACAUUGAGAAGAAUCCCGAGGGCUUGUAUCACUUGGAAAUCAGAAACUUCUUGGGAGAGAAGAUCGUCCGACACGUUACCAUGCACGACGGUGUCUCGGUGGAAGCAUCGAAGGGUGUCAAGGAUCAGAUUGAAAUCACCGGCAACAACCUCGAGAACGUGUCACAAUCCGCCGCCGACAUCCAACAGGCCUGCAGAGUGAGGAACAAGGAUAUCCGGAAGUUCUUGGAUGGGCUGUACGUGAGCGAACGGGGCAACAUUAUCGAAGAGUAG